GGAGCGGAGCGGAGCGGGGCCGGCUGCGGGGCGGCUCCGCGGCGGCAGCGGGGCUCCCGGCCGCUGCUCCCGGCCUCUCCGCCGUGGCGGCCGGCGGGCUGGCGCUGGGCACGCUGCGGGGCGGCGUGAUGGAGCCCGAGGAGGGCGAGGACCGCACGCCGCUGCUGAAGGAGCCCCGGCUCGACGGAGCGGUCCCUGCCUGCUGCUCAGCUCGCUACAAUCUAGCACUGCUGGCCUUUUUUGGGUUCUUCCUGCUGUAUGCAUUGCGUGUGAACCUAAGCGUUGCUCUGGUGGAUAUGGUGGAACCUAACACAAGCUUAACAAAGAAUACAACUUCCAACGUGUGUCCAGAGCAUUCCUCAACCAUAAAUACUCCUCGCAACACAACGGGAAAAAAGUAUUCUUGGGAUGCUGACACGCAGGGAUGGAUUCUUGGUUCUUUUUUCUACGGCUAUAUUGUUACUCAGAUUCCAGGCGGAUAUCUUGCAAGCAAAAUCGGAGGGAAGCUCUUGUUGGGCUUUGGUGUCUUUGGCACCUCAGCAUUCACCUUGCUUACUCCCUUAGCUGCGGAUUUGGGAGUUGGCUACCUCAUAGCUGUCCGAGCCUUGGAAGGACUGGGAGAGGGUGUUACCUUCCCAGCUAUGCACUCAAUGUGGUCUUCUUGGGCCCCGCCACUGGAACGCAGCAAGCUCCUCAGUAUUUCAUAUGCAGGUGCACAACUGGGAACUGUUGUCUCUCUGCCACUGUCUGGUUUAAUUUGUUACUACAUGAACUGGGUUUACGUGUUUUACAUAUUUGGUGCACUUGGCGUAUUAUGGUUCUUCUUCUGGAUGUGGCUGGUUAGUGACACACCAGAUACUCACAAGAGCAUUUCACAUGCUGAAAGGGAAUAUAUACUUUCUUCUCUAAAAGAUCAGCUUUCUACACAGAAAUCUGUUCCCUGGAGACCUAUGCUGGAGUCCCUUCCACUGUGGGCUAUCGUUGUGGCACACUUCUCUUAUAAUUGGACUUUCUAUACACUUCUCACGCUCUUGCCCACAUAUAUGAAGGAGAUCCUGCGGUUUGAUGCACAGGAGAAUGGCUUUUUAUCUGCUCUGCCUUAUUUUGGCUGCUGGUUAUGUAUAAUUCUGUCUGGGCAAAUUGCUGAUUAUUUACGGGAAAAGCAGAAGUUCUCCACUGUUUGUGUUCGUAAAUGUUUUACCCUAAUAGGAAUGAUUGGACCUGCAGUGUUCUUAGUAGCAGCUGGAUUCAUAGGAUGCAACUACGCGCUGGCUGUUGCAUUUGUGACCAUAUCAACAACACUAGGAGGAUUUUGUACGUCUGGUUACAGCAUCAACCAUCUGGACAUAGCACCUUCGUACGCUGGGAUUCUUCUUGGGAUCACAAAUUCUUUUGCUACCAUCCCCGGAAUGGUGGGGCCAGUUAUUGCCAAGAGCCUUACUCAUAAUAACACUGUGGGAGAAUGGCAGACAGUUUUCUAUAUUGCUGCUUCCAUUAAUCUAUUUGGAGCAAUUUUCUUUGCAUUAUUUGCAAGUGGAGAAGUUCAGGACUGGGCAGUCAGUGGCUAUCACUUGCAUCGAAACUGAAGGAGAAGUUGAAAAUACCAAAGCUGUGCUGAAUCCCAAUGUGCUAGAAUUAUGUGACCAGAAAAGUGCCUUCCCUACUGAUGCCUAGGAACCGUCAAAGCCUUUCAGUUAAAAUAUUUUAUCUGUGUAUCUUUUGUACUGAAAAUCAUUUGCCGUUAUGUGUGUGUGCUAUUUCCUAACGAGAAACUACUUGGAUUAAAUAGAAUAGAUUCAUGCUAGAACUUGAUAUCAAAUAUAUGAUCUCAGAUGACAUUUUAAAUCAGUGUGCUAGGAUCCAUUUCCUUCCAGUUUUUAAUUAAUAUUUUCUGAAUUAACGUGUAGGCAGAUGUUUGCUGAUACUGAAAUGAGAGGAAAAAGCAAAGUGAUUAUGUAGCACUGUGAGGAGGAAUGGCAUGCAAAGAAUUGUACACACAGAAAAGCGGUGUUUUGAUUUCCAUGAUGAGAUUGAUAGUGUUUCGCUGUUUAAAAAGCUAAAAGAUUUCUAGUUUUCUACAAUCUUUUAUAAAGCUUUUAUUUUGUCAGUGUUUUAAUUAUUGUCUAAGAAAUGCACACUUGAUUUUACUCUAUUUUACGCACAAGUCUUCAAAUAGAAACAUUCCCUGUUUCAAGAAUACAGCUUCACAAUUGAUACAAAGCAAUGAGGAAGUGAAAUAUGCAGUUGUGACUGACUGAAUAAGCCACGUGUUACUGUUCUCUGUAGUGCAGGUUUUUUUAAAUAGGCCUUAUUUUCAUUCAGCUGUGCAAAGAAGAAGCAGUGCAACUCUGGUUUAAAUCUAGGCAGUGUACAAGAAUGAUCUAGAAAUAGAGGAUCUGCAUGUUUACUUGAAAAUAACUUUCAAUUUGGCAGUUCGUUUUUGUCUGUUAAAAUCAAUGCAGUGGAAUUAUUUCCUCUUUCACGUAGAUAUAUUUGUCAGCUUGUCAUUGUAAAUGCAAUAGAUAAGGCCAUUGUAGGGAAUAAAUGAGGAAAAUCAGUUCUCCAGUAGCCUCGUUAGUCAGAUAAAAGUAGAAUAAAAAGAACCAGUGCAAUAUCCUGAUGCUAUUAAUCUCCCGUCAGCAUAGAAUUUGACACUCAAGAGCAUCCUUUGCACGACAGGCAAUUAAAUGCCACACACUAAGAUUAAAUUAAGUUAAUGAAAACAGUGGCCUAGUUAAGAACAAAUGGUUGAGUAAUCUUGUAGUCACAAAGCAAAAUUCCUGUGCCAAAGAUUCCUGGAUUGGAGCAAUUAGGUAAAAAAUAAGUAAAUGAAUAGAAAUCACUGGGCUCUGGGUUUUUCAUUUACCACCAAUGCAAAAGAAAAGCCCAGUACUAACACUGCUCCAGUGGAGCCUACCUUCCUUCAUUUCUAGGAAAUGGCAUCUGCCGCCUCUUUUUAGCUUUAGCCAUUUGGUUUUGACCUUCCUUGAAGUGUCAUGUUCUCUGAUGGUGGAACUGUGUUUAAAUCUGUGUUUGUCUGCAGCAUUUCCACAAUAAACAGUGUGAAGUUCGGAUGUAGUAGUUCAGUGAGAGUAUGUUAAGGCUAUAUUGUAUCCUUAUUGUUUCCACAAUAAAUGGAAUGAGUAUUUA